GGGAGCGAGGGUGGGACGGGAGUGGGAGCACGACAGUGAUCACCUCGGCUCCAUUAGAAAACUCCGCCCGAGGAGCACAUCGCUGCGUCAGGAGGAAGAACAAAGAGUAAACAAACAGACAAGCAAGCGGAUCCACACCGGCGACCGCAACAGUGGCCGGCUGCUGCGGGGCACUGUAUUUACUACUCCUGGUAGGCGAUUUGAAUCGAGUCCAGGUCCAACGCUGACAGGAGCCUGCCCGAGAGAGAAGCCGGCCACGCCAAGACACCAACCCCCCUCCCCCUCUCUCUCGCCUCGGUUCCUCCUCUCGCCUUUCAAACCACUCCACUCCGCCGCAGCCCUCCAUUUUUCCCGGCGCCGGCCGGCCUCGCGCUCCCUCUCGAGCUACCUUUGCGGCGGCCAUGGCUGACAAGCCCCCCGUCGUCGUCGUCGUCGUCGUCGUCUUCCUCCUCCUGCUGCUCGGCCUCGGCCUCGGCCUCUGCUCCUGCGCCAAUGUGCACAUUGUGUACAUGGGGGAGAGGCACCCGGAGCUGCACCCGGACCUGGUCCGGGACUCGCACCACGGCAUGCUCGCCGCCGUCCUCGGCAGCAAACAGGCGGCCGAGGACGCCAUCCUCUACAGCUACAGGCACGGCUUCUCCGGCUUCGCCGCCGUGCUCACCAACGCGCAGGCGGCGCAGCUCUCCGAUUGGCCUGGGGUCGUGCGGGUGGUUCGGAACCGGGUGCUUGACCUGCACACCACCAGGAGCUGGGACUUCAUGCGGGUGAACCCGUCGCCGUCCGGCGGGAGCGGAAUCCUCUCCCGCAGCAGGUUCGGGGAGGACUCCAUCAUCGGUGUGCUAGACACAGGGAUAUGGCCGGAGUCGGCCAGCUUUAGGGACGACGGCAUCGGCGAGGUUCCGCGGCGGUGGAAAGGGCAAUGCGUCGCCGGAGAAAGGUUCAAUGCUUCCAACUGCAACAGGAAAAUAAUAGGCGCGAAGUGGUUCGUCAAAGGGUACCAAGCCGAGUACGGGAAGAUGAACACGACUGACAUCCACGAGUACAUGUCGGCGAGGGACGCCGUCGGGCAUGGGACGCACACUGCAUCCACUGCUGCCGGCGCUCUAGUGCCCGACGCCAACUUCCGGGGGCUUGCCAGUGGUGUGGCGAGGGGAGGGGCGCCGAGGGCUAGGUUGGCUGUUUACAAGGUGUGCUGGGCUACUGGGGAUUGUACCUCUGCAGAUAUCCUUGCUGCCUUCGACGCUGCCAUACACGACGGUGUCGAUGUGCUCUCGGUGUCUCUCGGCCAAGCACCACCUCUCCCUGCUUAUGUUGAUGAUGUCCUGGCGAUUGGAUCCUUCCACGCCGUCGUGAGAGGGAUCACUGUGGUCUGUUCUGCAGGGAACUCCGGUCCUUAUUCAGAGACGGUGAUCAACUCUGCACCGUGGGUUCUAACCGUUGCUGCGGGCACCAUUGAUCGGACUUUCCUCGCAAAGAUCACCCUGGGCAACAAUAGUACUUAUGUGGGCCAAACAAUGUAUUCUGGGAAGCAUGCUGCGACAAGCAUGCGUAUAGUAUAUGCUGAAGAUGUUUCAUCUGAUAAUGCUGAUGAUACUGAUGCAAGUUGCACUGCAGGAUCUUUGAAUGCUACUCUAGUAAAAGGAAAUGUGGUGCUCUGCUUCCAAACACGAGGACAGCGAGCAUCUCAGGUGGCAGUAGAGACCGUAAAAAAGGCCCGUGGUGUAGGAGUCAUCUUUGCGCAGUUUUUAACCAAAGAUAUAGCAUCUGCUUUUGAUAUUCCCCUUAUUCAAGUAGACUAUCAAGUUGGAACAGCCAUACUUGCAUAUACUACUAGCACGAGAAACCCAACGGUUCAGUUUGGCUCCGCAAAAACAAUUCUUGGAGAAUUGAUAGGCCCUGAAGUUGCAUACUUCUCAUCUAGGGGCCCAAGCUCUCUGACUCCAUCAAUUCUGAAGCCAGACAUAACUGCCCCGGGUGUAAACAUUUUGGCUUCAUGGUCACCUUCCGUAGCCUUAUCAUCGGCCAUGGGAUCUGUGAAUUUCAAGAUUGAUUCUGGAACUUCAAUGUCCUGCCCGCACAUUUCAGGCGUGGCCGCUCUUCUCAAAUCAAUGCAUCCUAAUUGGAGCCCGGCUGCAGUAAAAUCGGCAAUGGUCACAACAGCCAAUGUCCAUGACGAGUAUGAAUUCGAGAUGGUAUCUGAAGCAGCGCCCUACAAGCAGGCGAAUCCCUUCGACUAUGGAGGUGGCCAUGUGGAUCCAAAUAGGGCUGCACACCCUGGUCUCGUAUACGACAUGAGACCAUCUGAUUACGUGCGCUUCCUUUGCUCCAUGGGCUACAACAACUCAGCCAUCGCCUCCAUGGUUCAGCAGCACACACCCUGUCAACAUUCGCCAAAAUCGCAGCUGAACCUGAACGUCCCAUCCAUCACCAUUCCUGAACUGAGGGGCAAGCUGUCGGUGUCGAGAACGGUCACCAAUGUUGGCCCGGUCGCGUCCAAGUACAGAGCCCAUGUGGAAGCACCUCCAGGGGUGAACGUCACCGUGAACCCCUCGCUUCUGACCUUCAACUCGACAGUCAACAGGUUAACAUUCAAGGUGACAUUCCAGGCCAAACUGAAGGUUCAGGGGCGGUACACCUUCGGCAGCCUGACAUGGGAGGACGGCACACACACUGUGAGGAUUCCUUUGGUGGUUCGGACAAUGAUCAAUAGGUUCUAUGUCAAUGCAUGAAUAAGUAACACGCUGUAGUAUGUACCGUCGCUUUCGGUCAUGAGAACAAAUGAUGUAACAAACUCGCUAAUCUCUCCUGAUUCUAAUAGCAUUGGUGAUUGGUUGGGGCUUCU